GCAUGUGUCCGCGAGGCCAGUGGCCCGACCGGCCGCUUCUCGCCUCCGUUUACCGCCGCGGUCCUCGGCUUUGGCCGUGGGUUUCCAAAUGCGCGCGCGGGGCCCGCCCGUCAUCGACCCUGCGGUGCCUCGCAAGCAGACACCUUUCCCGCCUCCCCACGCGCCCACUUGUCGCUUACAGUAAGGGCGCCGCGAGGCGAGGACACCCCCAUCGCUGCAGGUUCCCGCCGCACCACACGCCCCGGUCCCCGAGAGCCCGAGACGCGCCUCCUAUAUUUCCCCACCCCGCAACGCGACGUCGCUCCUCGCUCCCCCGCUCAGUUCGUGUUGGUUGGUUGGGUGUUGUUGAUUCGCUCUCGCUGCGCCCACCUGGCGGCACGCGAGAAAACCACCGGAUCACGAGCGACGCCCGGAGAAGUUCUGGUACCAACCGCGCCGUGCGUGGUGGCGGGACUGCGCGGCACACAUGGACCCGCCGCCACAGCGGGGCCGCUCGCGCUAUGGCGGCUCGGCGCAGGGCCAGCAGUUCCCGUUCGUCGUUGAUCCCUCGGAGGCGGCGGCUGGGGCCGUGAGGGCGUUCUUCCCGGCGCCUGCAGCGGGUGGGGAGCCGUCGUCGUCGUCGUCUGCGGAGCGCGCGCUGGGGCAGCAGCAGCACCAGUACGGCGCAGAGAUCUCGCUGGGGCACGCGCACGGGAUGCAUCAUUACCAUCAGUUCGGCGUGGAGGCCGGGAAGGACGGCGGGGGUUCGUCGGGGUCGCUGCCGCGGCAAAGCAGCUCGCCGCCGGGGUUCUUCUCGAGCCCCGUCGUGGAUAACGGUUUUCCAAGUGCAAGAGUAGGAAUUGGAGGAGGUGGUGAGGUUCACCAUGCGAUGAGUAGUUAUAACAAGAAGAUGAAGUCCCCCAUGAACUUAGCUAGGCAAGGUACGCUCCCUCAAAUCUCUGAGGAUGGGAUCCCGGACGACCUCACUGAAAAUAUGCAUGGUAUUGGCCACCCUGAAGAAAACAUCACCACCAACAAUGUGGUCCGCUCCUUCUCCGGUGGCUUCACAAUUGGAUCAUGGGAGGAUUCAAAUUCUAUUGCAUUCUCCAAUCCGACAAGCAAAGCAGGAAUACACAACAAUGAUGAUAUCAUCGCCACCCUUAGUAAUUAUGAAUUGCAGUUUGGUGUGAUGAAGGAGACGUUGGGCGUAGAUAAACACCUGCAGAUGCAGCAAGACCAGGUGCCAUUCAGAGUACGAGCCAAGCGUGGAUGUGCCACACACCCAAGGAGCAUCGCAGAGCGGGAGCGAAGAACAAGGAUUAGCGAGAAGCUCAGGAAGUUGCAGGCCCUUGUGCCUAACAUGGACAAGCAAACGAGUACCGCAGACAUGCUGGAUUUAGCAGUUGAGCACAUCAGGGGACUGCAGAGCCAGCUGGAGGUAUGUAAUUUUCGUAAAUUUGCGGUCAGAAAAAUGUGGCAGCUUUGUGCUACUUUAGUUUGCAACUCUGAAUUGCAAUACCACAUGCAUUUCUCCCGGCUAGUGGAGCAGUGAAUCGGACUAACUACACUUCCAUGCGUGGUUUCAGCAUCGUUAAUUACACGUUCUGAGAAAUGAUCUCAAGCUCAUUACCUGGGAACCUCUUGAUCACAACACACGCGCGCGCGCACACACACAGGCGCGACAUUGAGUUCCCCUUUUGCACGUGCAGGAUCUCAAGGAAGAGAAGGAGAAGUGCACCUGCCGCGGCGAUCGGCUAUCCAGGAAUUGAACAGACAAUACACAGGAUGGCGCAUCGCACGUUUUCAGGCCGCAGGAAGGUGCAGAGUCCAUCUGUGUCAUCAAACCUUGGCCGACAAAUCCGGACGGGAUAUUUCUUUCUUCAUCCAAUCGGGUGUUUAGCUUCAAGCUAGAUGUACGUGAGUGGUGUGUUGUUUCAUAUGGAGUAGCGGAAGCAAUCUUCUUUUUCCCUUAGGAGAAGCAAAAAGUUUUGAUACUGCAAGAGGACUUAGGUUACCGUAGCUUGUAAGGGGCUACCAUUGGUUUAUCCUUGUAGUAUGUUGUUGGUAGUGAUCUAUUGAGUUGAUUUGUUCA